UCCACAUUGGGAAUGUUGCCAAUUCCAGAGGUUUGAAAUUACAAACGUUUUCUUUGGAAGUACAGUAGCUUUGUCCAUUUCUACGAAAUGAAACUUCAUAGCAACUCUCUUAGGCCGUAAUCCGAGAGAAUUCAUGACUGAUUCCACUCAGUAGCAACGCGUUUUCUCUCAAUCGGACGGUAAACCAGUUUGUUUGAUUUGUCAACUGGGUUAUUGAAGAAUAUUUUCCUGCAAAAAUGCCGUGUAAUGAGGUAGAAUCAUGGACGUUUAGUGGGCUAGUGGGUGCAUUUCUUGAUCUCUCCAUUGCAUAUCUUCUCCUCUGUGCAUCAACCCUUGCUUAUUCGGCCUCGAAAUUUCUGGGCAUAUUUGGAUUGUCUCUGCCAUGCCCUUGCAAUGGACUUUUUGGUGACCCCAAUAGUGAUAACUGCUGGCAAAGAGCGCUUGUAGACUGUCCAUCAGAGAAGAUAUCCUCUGUUCAAUUCUCUGUUAUGAGCAAGUUCCCGUUUGAUUCAAUAUUGGAUAAAAACCUGAAUCAGAAAAAUUGUGAAAAUAAAUGUUUUGGUUUUGAUGAUGAAGCAUCGUAUAGCUCAUUCCGCAAGAGAAGUGAAGGAGGCGUUGGGAGCGGUGUAAUGGAUGCAAAGGAUGUGCAAGAAGAGAGAUCUGAUAUCAAGGGGAAGGGAGUUUUGAAUCAGAAGUCGAGACAUGCUCUUAGGCGUCGUAGGAAAGGUGCUAGUGACAAUGGGAGGAUGUCUUCUGUUUCAUCAUGUGAUCCUUUUCAGUGGGAUGCACAAGCUCUUUGUCCGUCUCCCGCCAGUGUCAGUAAAAUGGUGAAUGAGGCUAAUGAAGAAAGCAUAGUACCUGAUAGUUCUGGCGGCCUUGCUCUGAAUUAUGGCAGGGAAUCUUCAAUGGACAUGGGUUUGCUGGGGAGAGAGCCACCUGAUUUUGAAUCAAAUGAACCUGUAAGUGAAAAUAAUUCAAUGGAGAAGGUUGCAUCACCUGAAGAUGAUUUGAAAUUUAAUGAACAAGUGAAGCUUUCCUUUGAUCCUGAUGAAAACUAUGCAAUUAGUUUUUUGGAAAAAGCACUGAAAGAAGAGCAUGCAGCUCGAGCUGCUUUGAACCUUGAACUUGAGAAAGAGAGGAAUGCUGCUGCUACUGCUGCAGAUGAGGCCAUGGCAAUGAUUCUGCGUCUGCAAGAGGAGAAGGCAUCAAUAGAAAUGGAAGCUAGGCAAUACCAGCGGAUGAUAGAAGAAAAAUCUGCUUAUGAUCUUGAAGAAAUGAACAUUCUUAAAGAGAUCCUACUGAGAAGGGAAAGGGAAAAGCAUUUCUUGGAGAAGGAAGUUGAAACUUAUAGGCAAAUGAUAUUUGGAAGUGAGCAGAUGCAUUAUGAUGCACAAGACAUAGGAACCUCACUUGAAAAAAGGCCGUCUACAUUGCAAUAUUCAGGUAAGGAUCCUUUGCAGAUGACGCAGAGGAUUAAUGAAUCUGUUUGUGAGAAGGAAAAUGCAGACAAUACUCUUGCCUUUGGGAAAGAGUUACCAAUCCCAAAGUUGGAUGAAGUAUUUCCUCAAGAAAGAGAGAUGCAAUUACAAUUUGACUUGUCAACUGCUGAAGGAUAUAUUUUGCAUGAGAAACCUGUUGGGGCUAUUGAGGAAGUAAAGCGACAAAGUGGUACCAUUAGUACAAGUGGAGGAUUGGCAUCAAAAAUAAUUCAAACUUGCAACAAGACUGAUAAUAUUUUUCCACAUAAUUGUGAUGACUCAAAUAAGGAUUACCAAUUUUCAUGCAAUACACAGUUAAACAUGGAUGCUUAUGUUCAUGAUAUUCAUGUGAUUGAUGAUAAGUUUGAUCUGUGUUGUGAUGUCGGAGGAAAUGGAAGUGAAAAACUGUUGGUGAAUACUGCCUUAGACAUCCCAGUAUCAUGUGCUAGUCCAGCCACGAGCAGUUCCCAAACUGAGAAGGACAUCAGCCGAAGUUGCUCAGACAUAACUAGUGGACUGCCACCUCUGGGUUGCACACUAAGAAAACCCUUGGUUUCUGUUUUCCGGAGAAAUUCCAUGUCUGCAGUUGAUUAUGAAAGGUUAAAAAUUGACAAUGAAGUUGGAAGGUUAUGGGAAAGGCUAAGGGUUGUGCAAGAGGGUAGAGGAAAGCUCAAUAUUUCUAUGGAGCACAGGGAAAAAGACAAAAUUCAUUUGCAACUUUUGGAGAAUAUUGUGAGCCAGCUUCGAGAGAUUCAACAAUUAAAACAACCUGGAAAGACUGUUCGCCAAGUUUCAUUGCCUCCUCCAUCCUGUAAGAUCAUGUCUAAGAAAAGGCGGUGGCGAAGUGUUUCUUUAGAAGUGCAAAAAAGCACUUAAACCAUGUUCUAUACCAUUAAGAUAGUGGAGUUACUGGAGCUAGUUAUGAUACUCGGCAUUCUGCAGAGUGCAGACAAGUAAGCUCGUCUAAGGAGAAAUAGCUUCUAGUUGCUUUGGAUAUUACAGGGCAGAACUACGCCAAUUAUCUGACAAAUUUGCUUGACACCUUAUCUGCAGAGUAACCAGUAUUAUCAGAACUUGAUAGAAGCUGCCAGAAGGAUUAUAUGCAAUAAAUGACAGUAGAUGCAGAGCAAUUGCAUUGUUAUUGUUUCCGAAAUUCAGUUUUGUACGCCUAUCUGCCUUGUACCUGCCACUUACUGAAGUUUCACAUAAUCUGGUAACAGUUCAUGCGAGUACCACUUGAGAAGUAAAGUUCUACUACAAAAAACUUUACAGUUUUUUCUCUAUAAUUUUUAGGUUCAGUACUGCUGUAUUACAGUUGCAAUAAAAAUGAAUGGUUUCAGGUCUUUUAGUUUAAAUUUUGUGGCUAAGUGGUUAAAGUCUGUCCUGAAAUUUUCUUACCCUAGUUUGCAUAAAUUUGAAUUGUUAUGGCUUA